UUCCCUGGAACCUACCACCGGGUUGAUGUUAGAGUGGGUGAGACCAGACUGCCGUUCAUGUGAGUUGCACGACGGAACUUGUGGGUUCAAGAGUAAUCAGAGUCUGGAAGUCGGGUGCUUUGUUGUUGCAAGCAAAGGACAUGGGCUUCCACGGAGUGCAAGGUACGGUAUAAUCAUAGGCGUUGCAAUACUGGGGUUUUUGUGUUUGAUUGCACUUUUCUUUCGCAACACUGGCGGAGUAAACGCCUAUACUCACCACCAGCACCACCAGCCUACCACUGAAUUAUCCACUUCAGUCGCCUUCCAGCAUGCUGUUAUCGCACCCGGACUCAACGGACCGACCAUUGAAUCCUACCCCAGGACACUGCUAGGUGAAAGUAGGCGAUUACCCAAUCCUAAUGACAACACUUGCCCCAUAUGCCUGUCGGAAUACCAGCCUAAGGAAGCGUUGAGGACCAUACCAGAUUGCAAACAUUAUUUUCAUGCCGAUUGCAUAGAUGAGUGGCUAAGGAUGAAUACGACAUGCCCCCUGUGCCGGAAUUCGCCUGAAUUGAGGUCAAUCUCCCCUUCCACAUCAUUCCCUUCCUCUUCCAUUCUGCAUUAUCAUCAGUUGUCUAGCUAGACUGCUAAAGUUCAAUUAAUUAUCUUUGUUUAGUGUUUGAGGGUACAAAUUUAUGGAGGCACAAUUCGAUGUAUGUAUGCCCUUCCAAUUUUUGUUUGUGGUUAAUAGGGUUUUUAUAAUGGGGUUUUUUAACUUAUGCCUUCAUGUCACAUGUUAAGACUUUAAUAAAUGCAUUUUUUGUAA